CCUUUGUUAAAUGAAAUACUCUCCAAAAUUCAACUAAAAGGGAGAAAAAUAACCCAUAAAUACCUUUGCCUCUGCAAUUUUCUUCAACAAUAUUUACUCUAUCACUAUCUGCUUUACGAGUUAUCCAAUCAAUCAAAAAUACCGCCAAUUUUAUUCCCAUUUCUGGUUCUUCGCUUUGUUUUUGUUUUUGGCGCUCAAUAAGAAGCUCAUCGACAUCAAUUUUUGAAGGAUGAGGCUUAUUAAGGAUGACUCUGGUUGUAUCUCUGAACAAGUCAUUGACUUAAUUUCUGCUGUAAAAGAAUUACAUGGGCAUAGCUCUCAGGAACUUAACAAAUUGUUGAGAGAGACUGAAAAUUUUGCAAUUCACUUCCCCACUGAAAAAGGAUCAAAUCUAAAGAUUGAUGUGGAAAAACUGGCAGGCUUGCUUCCUUUGCAUCUUAUUGCGGUGCUUAUAUCAUCCGAGAAAGAUGAACCGCUGUUGAGAUAUUUAUUAUGUGGUAUUCGGCUUUUGCAUUCUCUAUGUGACCUUGCACCUCGGCAUACUAAACUCGAGCAGAUUUUACUGGAUGAUAUUAAAGUGUCAGAAAAAUUGUUGGAUCUGGUGUUUUAUGUGAUAAUUGUUCUUAGUGGUAUCAUGCAGGAAAAUAAUAAUUCAAGCUCUUUGUCCCUUCUCCAUUCGGCAUUGGUAGCUUGCUGUAUGAAUCUAUUAACAGGAUGCAUUUCUUCACACUGGCAAGAUCUUGUUCAGGUGCUGCUUGCUCAUCCCAAGGUUGAUGUAUUUAUGGAUGCAGCUUUUGGAGCAGUGCAUGUAGCCAUCAGGUUUCUUCAGGUCAAGAUAUCUGCACAGUAUACGGAAUUUCACAUGAGAUCAAGACCGACAGCUGAACAAAUAAUUAAUUAUCUAUGCCAACAAUGUGAGGCUUCUCUACAGUUUCUUCAGUCAUUGUGCCAGCAAAAGUCAUUUAGGGAGCGCCUACUAAGGAACAAGGAACUAUGUGGAAAGGGUGGCGUUCUUUUCCUGGCGCAGUCCAUAUUAAAGUUAAAUGUUACACCCACUUUUAUAGAGUCUUCCAGAGUUGUUGCUGCUGUAUCACGACUCAAAGCUAAAGUACUAUCUAUUCUAUUGCAUCUGUGUGAAGCAGAAAGCAUCUCUUACCUUGAUGAGGUUGCAAGUUCUCCAGUUAGCUUUGAUUUGGCCAAGUCCGUUGCAUUAGAGGUUCUUGAAUUAUUAAAGGCUGCACUUAGUAAAGAUUCCAAACAUCUUAGCGCUAAUUCUGGAAAAACAUUUCCCAUGGGGCUUCUGCGACUCAAUGCGUUGCGUCUAGCUGAUAUUUUCUCAGAUGAUUCAAACUUCCGGUCUUACAUUACAACAUGCUUUACUAAGGUUCUUACAGCCAUAUUUUCACUUCCUCAUGGAGAGUUUUUAUCCAUUUGGUGUUCUUCUGAACUUCCACCGAGAGAAGAAGAUGCUGCUCUCGAGUUUGAUAUAUUUACAGCAGCUGGAUGGGUUUUGGACACAUUUUAUUCACUGCACUCAUCAAAUCUUCUAAAUUUAGAAAUUACUCUAAUCCCCAGUAACAUGCCCCAAGCUACCUAUGCUCAUCAGAGAACUUCAUUAUUUGUCAAAGUAAUAGCCAACCUUCAUUGUUUUGUCCCGCAUAUUUGUGAAGAGCAGGAAAGAAAUCUCUUCCUUCAUAAGUUCCUUGAGUGCAUGCGGAUGGAUCCAUCUGAAACUUUGCCUGAAUUUUCUUUUCCUUCUGAUGCUAACAAAGCAAACUCUAUUUACAGGAACCUACGUUCAUUACUAAGCCAUGCAGAAUCUCUGAUUCCUAACUUUCUGAAUGAAGAGGAUGUACAACUCUUGAGGGUAUUUUUUAACCAAAUACAGCCGCUGAUUAAUGCUGCUGAUAUUGAACAAAGUCAAGUUCAGGAAAACAAAUUUGAAAGGUCGGUAUCUUUGGACAAGUUUUCUAAACUGGAUAUCAAUGAACGUCAUCAGGAGGCGCAAAGUACAGGGGGAUACACAUCACCUUUAUUGAAAAAGGAAAUGUUGAAACGCAAUAUUAGCAGUAAUCAGAAAGAGGAAAUGUCAGAGAACUCCGCUUUUCAAGAGGAGCAGCUUAACUUCAGAAAUGAGCAUAUCAAUCAUGCCAAUGAUGCAAUGAGGGAAGACAAGGGUAAAUCUGGUGGUACUGCAUCCACUGUUAUAAGAGAGAUUGACAGAGAUUUUCAAAAUGUUGAUACAAGUGGUUCAGAUACCAGUUCUGCUCGAGGAAAAAAAUUUGCCAGCCAGAUUGAAAAUGGUGAGACCCCAAAAUCAAUCGGACACAAGAGAGAAAAUGGUCUUCAACGCGUUCAAGAAGGUGAAAAGGUUGAAAGCACUCAAUUUGACGAAAAGCAGCCGAGAAAACGGAAAAGAACCAUAAUGAAUGACUACCAAAUGUCAUUAAUUGAGGAGGCUCUAGGGGAUGAACCUGAUAUGCAUCGGAAUGCGGCUGCUUUACAAUCAUGGGCUGAUAAGCUUACUCUUCUUGGUUCCGAAGUUACACCAUCGCAGCUAAAAAAUUGGCUCAACAAUCGGAAAGCUAGACUAGCACGAACAGGCGGAGGUGUAGGUUCAGGUUCAGGCAAAGAUGUCCGAGCGCCAAUGGAGGUCGACCAUUCUCUUUCAGAAAAGCAAGCCGUUGCAUCACUGCGACAUUCACACGACUCAUCCGAGAGUCAUGGAGAAGAAAAUGUCCCGUCAGGUGCAACUGCAAGACCCAUUGAAAACACAGUAAGAACUGAAAAUGCCGAUACUUAUUUAGCUGGCAAUGAUGGUGCUCAGUGGAAGCCAGAUCAAGUAGUAAUGCUACUAGAUAAGCAAGGAAAUGAAAUUGCUAAAGGGAAAGUACAUCAAGUGCGGGGUAGAUGGUAUGGGUACCGCUUGGCAGAAAUGGAGACUUGCGUUGUGGAUGUUACCGAGCUUAAGGUAACUGAAAGAAUUCCGAGGCUUCUGUACCCUUCUGAAGGCACCGGCAUAUCAUUUAGCGGAUCUGAAAGAAAGUUUGGGGUAAUGAGAGUAAUGUGGGAUUUAAAUAAACUAGUAAUGUCUCCGCCGUAAUGUUAGAAUUCUAGUGUCUAUAGCCUUAGCAGUUUAGUUUUUUAGCUUAGCCUUUUAGUUUAGCAGAUUCUGAUCAAGAUAGAGGUUCAGGUUUUAUUAUUCUCUUCCUUUGUUCUGCCCAUUUCAUUUACUAAAAACAGAAUUACAGUUUUAAAAGCCAUGUGGAUAUUAGUUUAGUCAUUGGAGAUUCCCCGGUAUUUUUUUA